UCUCCCGCUCUCCGCACGCUCGACGCCAUGCCUCCUCCAUCAUCGUCUUCCUUAUCUUCGUCUCCUUCGAAACCCUAGUUUCACCUCCCACCUCCGCCAUUCCCCACUCCCAAAACCCUCGUCGACGAUCAGACCAUGGACACCCACGCGCCUCCGCCCCCCUCCUGCCCGGAGUCCCGCGACUCCUCCCCUCGCUUCCGCGAGAUCGACUCCGACCCCAACCUCUCCUUCGACGAGCCCCCCUCCUCCGCCAAGGUCAAGCUCCUCUGCAGCUACGGCGGCAGGAUCCAGCCCCGCCCCCACGACCACCACCUCGUCUACGCCGGCGGCGACACCAAGCUCCUCUCCGUCGACCGCUCCGUCCGGUUCUCCGCCCUCGUCUCCAAGCUCUCCUCCCUCACCGGGGCAUCCGAGUUCUGCCUCAAGUACCAGCUCCCCGGAGAGGACCUCGACGCUCUCGUCUCCGUGAUUAACGACGAGGAUUUGGAGCACAUGCUGCUCGAGCACGACCGGUUGUGCUCCGCUCCUGCAAAGCCCGCGAGGUUGAGGCUCUUCCUCUUCGCGUUGAACUCCAGGUCUCUGAGUUCGGGCUCCAGCGACCCGAAGUCGGAGCGGCAGUGGCUCGGGGACGCGUUGGACUCGGCGCAGGCCGUGAAUUUCCAGGCAGCAAAUCCCGAUUAUCUGUUUGGCUUCGACAACGUUUUCUCGGCGGUGCCGCCGCCGGUGAACUUGCAGGAUUUUGUGCGUGUGCCAGUUGUCGCCGAUUAUGGGUUGGAGGAUCGGCGCGUCGCUGGAGAGCAGGUUGCGCCGGCGGCGGAAAUUCAGCAACAGAUUCGGGCGUUGGAGAGAGCACAAAUUUCCGAUCAGCAACAAGAGGCCGUGACGAAUGUAAGUGGCGACGUAGUUAAUCCUGGCGUUGGCACUGGUGAGUACCUUGCUGCUCCGGUCAAACCAGAGAAAUUGGCGACUACAGCACCAGCUACUGUUCAGGUGGCCCCGCCGGUGCAGAUACCGGCGGCGACGUACUUGCCGGAGCGGCCCGUGACGGGCGGAGGUUUUCCAUUGGCGGUGAAUGGGGGCCAAGCAGCAUACUACAUUCCUGCUCCGGGCGGUGGUGGCUACUUCGCUGCCGUUCAACCGGUGACCGGACCUAUAGGUCAGGGUUUCUAUGGAGUGCAGAGACAGGGGCCAGAGCUUUACCGGGAGCAGGCACUUUAUAGUGCGGUCCAACCUCAGCAGGCCAAGGCCGGUGCUUACAGUGAGGGGAUUCAGGUGGUGCAGCAGUCGGUCACGAUGACCGAGACAGGUUUCCCGCAGGUGGUUUACUACACGGCAGCCGGAGGGGUGGUUCCAGCAUAUCAGGCGGCGGCGGCCGCGGCGACUGUCAACGGGAUGCAAAGUGGUGGCGCGUUGACGCAGGAUGGUAAAGUUGCUGGUCAGAUGCCGCAAACAACUGCCGUCUCUUCGGAGAUAUUCCAACAAGAAAAAUUAGCAAAGAAGACUCUGAACUCAAUUCAGGCAAUGAAACAUGAAUUGCAAGUUGGAAUUCGAGGAUCGAAAGUUUGAUAAAGCUUCUAAAAGUUUCUAAGGUUGAUCACUAGGACUUGAGGGCAGAUAGGAGUACAACUACAGCUCAUUGAAUAGGUGAUUUGGUUAACUAUAUAUCUCCUACUUGCACUUGGCUAAGGGCUUGGUGCGUCUGCAAUAGACGAGCAUUCCUCGUUAGCAAACUGAGGCUCUCUUCCGAUCUGGCCUGAACUUUGAGAUGCAAACUCAACUGCGGUUAUAACAUCUGCAAUAUAGCUAGUUAAGAGCUCACCAUCAGAUGAAGUAACUAAAUGUUCCAAAAAAGUAAUGGAAUCAUCAGAAUUGCUACAUCUGUUCCUUAGAUCCUAAUGGUGGGAUCAGUAGUUC